AUGAUUGCCAAACCUCGUCCCCGGAAACAAGACUCAAUAGGGCAAUGGAAUGGGACUGCUGGGUCAGGUCAUUUGGCACAAAGCUAUAUUCCAACUAAUAGCAUGGGGAGUGGCUUGCGGUUUGAGGUGCUGGAGGAAGAGAACUCCCUAGAGGAUGUGGAAAUUUCACUGAACGAGGGAGAAGAAAUACAAAAGUCCAAAGGAGCUCCGACGGAUGUUAUACAACCACCGCAACGUCCAAUGGAGGGCCACUCAACCCAAUAUGAGAGCCUCCAACAUGUGGAGAUGGUGGGGGCUCGUUCCUCUAUGACAAUCACUAAUGUCAACCUUGACACGGUACCAGUUAAGGAGUUUGUGGCCAAGACUGUGAGCUCGAGAGUGAAGAUUGCCCUGCGGUAG